CCAGGUCUAGCUUCUUUUCCUUUACUGUUUUUUUGUGUUCGCUACUUCAUUGGGGUCCCAUUUCUGUAAUAUCCUUCACAGUGGUUCCAGGGCUCAAAGUCUGACACACCCAUCCAAGUGAAUGGGGUGACUUUGUUCUGUGUCCUUCUGGAGCAGUCUGCAGUGGAUGUGAGGGGCUGGCAAGCUGUGUGCCAGUGGUGUGAAUAACAGCCUUCCACCUCUAGGCAAAUGUUCCAUGCUGUCUGCCCUGCUUUCCUGAGUGCAUGUUCAUAGUGAAAUUGUGAGUCUCAGUGGAGUGGCCAGCCAUUGGCUGCCAGGGGUGCCCUGCAUAUGUAGUUGCAGGAGCUGUCCUACAUGCCCUUUCUGGCCCUUUCACAAGUCUGAAGCUAAGGGGACACUGGUGUCCUUUCAGGUGGAGCUCUUUGGCUGUAUAGCAGUGGCCCCAAGUGGGCUGAAGCCAUGGUGUGGAUCCGCAAUCCUUGUUCUCCUGUCAUUCAGUUACCGUCUCCAAGCUGUAGUUGCCUAUGAAUGUCUAACAGCCCUAUCCUUGUGAGGGGAGACUUGUUUCCUAGUGUUAAUUCAAGUGUAUGGUCCUUUGUCAGGAUUUUCCAAGUUCCUCCUUUUUCCCUUCACCCCAAUGAAGCUUGAACUCUGUUUAGAGAAGACUGAAAUCUUCUCCUGAGCUCCCUGCCACAGAGCCUGGAACCUGGGCUCCCAUCUUAAUGAACAGAGCCUGCAUGUUUCCUGGGGUUUAUGCUUGGGUAAGCACAAAGGUCGUGAGAAGGGACCAAUUUAAGACAGUGUUCCUCAAACUUAAUAAGCGACUUAACCAGGUAUCUCUGUCUUGCUGAUGGGAGGGGCUGGCUUUGAGCAGGAACAGCACUCUGCUCAAGGACAGACUGGAAGAUUUGUUUUGCAGCCACUAGGGGAUGCUGCUUUUCCAUCCAGAGAAAAGCUAGGUUUGGAUAGCACUGAGCUUCAGGCUCCUAUCAGUGUUCUGGAGAUGGUCAUGCAGACCUUGUGAACCAUCAGGAAAUAGGCAGAACAGCUUCUGGAGGGACUCUGCCCAUACUUCCUGCUUCCCAUGAGGCUGCCUACACUACCGUACUCCCUGUGGUGUGGGAAAGGCUGAAGUCCUCCUUAGGCAAGGACCCCUUGCAAGGGGAGGGAAGGACUGUGGAUUAAAAUAUAAUUCCCUCUGAGUUUGAGAGGCUGCAGGUGCUGGCAACAGGAGCUGUGGCUGAGAAGGAUUAAUGCUUACAGGAGCUGACUCAGCAGUAUGGAAAGCAGACUGUCGGCAUUACCUUGGAAAAAUAAACUAGCUCUGAAAGCAGCUUUGCAAAAAUAUACUUUCCCCUGGGCUGGUAUUGCUGCUGGACCAUAAAUGGGGGGGAGUUUCUGUGUCUAGACCAGAGCAAAUUCAUGAGAUUUACCUUCCCAUCUUUACAGCCUGCUGUGCUUUACUGGAGAAAUGGCAGUGUGGUGGCAAAUGAUAAAUAUGCAUGGGAAAUAGCACAGACUACCCACGAUGUCAUCUUCUUUAAUUGCCCAUUAUAGCCAUCAAGGCAUUGCUGCUCCCCGAGGGACCUUAACCCUUUUUUAAAAGUGGCUCUGUGAAAACGAAUAGGAAUUGGGGAUUCUCACGUGGACACUUAGAAUGCUGGGAAAGACCUACUGAGAGGAGAAAAUUUCAGACAUGUCUGAGUUGAACAGUAUUUGGGCCUGGGUAAUGCCAGAAAAGCUGGCAAAGGGCAGUCUGUUGUAUUGGACUCCCUGCCUUGCUGUCUGACACUCUGGUGCUACCUCUCUUCAGAGGGAAGCUGGCUGUUGCUGAGGUUCCUGGAAGUUGUAGAAAUGAUUUGCAGCAGAACCUUUUGCAUGUGUUGAACAGUCUGCUCUGUUUGGGCUAAUGGAGAACUCUGCCCUGCCCUAUGGUGGUAGGGGCAGGGUGAGGUGGGUAACUUACCAACACAAGAUGUAACAUUGGCUUGUUCCAGAAAGUAACUACCUACCUAAAAUAAACUUCAGUGGGGUAUGAAUUCUCCACUGUGGAGCCCAGACAGGAGGAGCUCAGCACUGCUGUGGGAUGAGAUGUGUGGGAUGAGAGAGAUUUUCCCAAAAUAGUGGUAAACAAGUCGUAUUGGUAGUAGUAAGACCUGCUGUUUUUUUUCUAAGCCUCCUUUCUGGUACUCAGUAUGGUCUCUGUGAUGAGAAGUAAAACCAAGUCCCUUACCCGUGUAGUUUUUAAAGAGCUCAGAUGACUUAAUUUUCUUAAGAACUGGAUGCUGGCGUACACACCCUGUCUCAGGUUCUCAAUUCAGCUUCAUGGAAUUCCCCUCAGUUUGAAGUGGAUUCAGGUUUCUGACAUGGUCUCCUGUGUGGCAUAACUGCUAUUUUCUUGCUUUGAGGUCCCUCAGUUUAAAUCUAAGAGAAGUGUAAGGUAUUAAAUAUAUAUUUGCAGGUAUCACAGCAGAAGUCUUUGGGACAACCUUGGGCAAAUACUCAGCUUAGAGACUUGGGAGAGCAGCAGCACUGAAGUAGACCCUCUGCUGUGUCUUUUCCCACAAACUUUGCACUCAUGUAUUUGGGGUUUACAAGGAUGUCAUUGUGGAUUAUGUCUACAUGCUAACAUCCACAGCACGCAGCUCCAGUCCUUUGUACUUGGGCAGUCCAGCUACUUGCUCUGAGCUGGUGCCUGCAUGUCAGGGUAGUAAAGGCCAUGGUGUUUCCAGCUUUUGUAAAGCAGUGCCAUGAUCAUUUAAAAAAGUGCAUGCACACAUGCACACUAACAGAGCUUUGUCUACAUACCGUGCAGCCUUGGAGGACAGCCUCAAGUCCUCUGCUACUUUCAGUCAUCCACAAAAUUGCCUGAGGCCCUUUGAAAGUCCUUGUGAGUCACCUCUUGAGCAGGCUCUGUCCCCAUGGCACCUGCUCUAUUGUCUCCCUUCUGUUUUUGUACUGCUUGUCUCUAUGUUACUAAACAACCCCAGAGAAGAUGCAUGUGUCCUGUGCAAUUGUACAUAAUUCCCUGCUCAUGGGCAUUUUGUUGGCUGGUGAUAAUGUAGUCCCUACCCUCACUAUAGCACUAGACUCCAAGCUGCCAGGAGAAAGAAAUGAUUGUUGCUAGACAAGAGUCAUGUUUCCUCUUUUACCUUCACAAGUGUAGAGUAGGUCAGAGAGAGCUGAAAGCUGCCAGCUGUGGUUGUGAUGGUGAAGCAUGUCCUGUGGCAAUGCUGCUUUCUUUCCAAGUGCGGUAUCUCCUAAGUAUAGGGACUGCAAGGUGGGGCAAUGGCAGGGCAGCUGCCAUGAGUAGGAAGGGCCUGUCCAUGCCAAAAAAACAAUGACUGUGAUGCUGGCAGUAGGACUGGAAAUGUUUGUUUGCAUCUCCACCUUGGAACCUCUCAGGCUUGUGUGGUUUUUUUUUUUUUCAGUGCAGAUUAGAAGGCAGGCAGGAGUCAGCUAAGGGGCUUAAUCAUCACAAACCUAUGUCCUGUACUUAGACAGGGUGCUGAAUCCUGUGGUGUGUCUGCUGUGACUGCCUUAAUGUUAUGCUGUGAUGCCAGGUGCUUUUGGGAGGUGUAGGGAGACCAAUAAGUACAUUAUUUGACCAAAAUUAAUAAGAAAACUAAUCAUAACCUGUGACCCACAGAAGUCUUUGGAGGAGAUUUCUUGGCCCAGGGCCAACAGCAAGGUUGACGAUCCCAGUCUGUCUGACCAGAGGGCAUGGGCUGGUGAAAGUCAAUGGUUACUGGCUGUGUCCUGCCACUACUCAAGUGCUGAAUACUUGCUGUGAUUGAAGACCUGAGUCUGAUUCCCAAUUACAUUGGGGCAUAGGUGCCAAGCUGCUGCUGCUGCUCCAUUUUUCAGGAAAAGUUUCCACAUGAAAGGUGAAACAAAGAGGAACUCAACCUAGGAUCCAAAACCACGAAGCCAGGGAGCAUGUUUACAGAGAAGAAGCCUAAGACAUAACGCACAUUCCACAAGUUGUGAAGACAUGAAAUUCUCCUGUGACAGCAGCUCACAGCGUGUUGCAUGCUUGACCUGCUCCUCCACUUGAUGCAUGAUCCUAGCUUUUACAGGCAGCCUCAGGAAGUUGGGUGGAUAGAAAAAGCAACAGAAAUUAUGUGAAAUUUGUCUAAUGAGUCACAGGCAUCUCCAGGAGCUUUCUCAGUGCAUUGCUUUUGGAGGGAUACACAGCAGGCUGGAUAGCCGGGGUGUGGAGAUCUGCCCUUUCUGGUCACCGCAGACAUCAGGUCUCCUCCCCCAGCCUCUCUUCAUAGCUCCAGUAAUAAUCAACCCAACUGCAGCUGAAACAGGCAUACUGCAACAGGGAACCCUCUCCUGGAAGCUGCUCUGGAAACUUCGUGCCGUCCUCUGCUUUCACUGCUGCAGCAAACAUGAACCUAAAAAUUGUCCUAAUCAUCCUGGCUCUGGCUCUUGCCACCAUUUUAGCUUUAAUUUGUGUGCUGCUGACUCGAGGAGAAAAACCAAUGAGCUGCGAGUCCCAGCCUCCGAGAAGCCAGAAGGAAAAGCCCAGGGGCUUCAGCCUGGUGUUUGCUGAUCUGACUCCAGAAGAAAUGGUGCAAGUGGUGAAGUAUCUACAGGAAAACCUUGGGGUGCCACUGGUAGAUGCCUCUCAAGCGAACCCUUCUGACAACUGCAUUUAUUACAUUGAUGUGCAACUCCCUGCCAAGACAGAGGUGCUGCAGUUCUUGGAUCAAGGGGGAAGUUACCCCCCACGGCAGGCACUGGCUGUGGUGUACUUUGGAAACCAACCAGACCCGAACAUCACGGAGUAUGUGGUGGGCCCUCUGCCCAUCCCAACAACUCACCACGACAUUACUAUGGAGAAAUAUGGAGAGAAGCUCCCAUACUACCGCAGACCGAUGCUAGUUGUUGAGUACAAGCAGAUUGCAGGGUUCCUAAGGGAGACAGUAUUCCCCAUGGCACCAGCCUUUAUGAGUCAGACUUUUAAUUAUGAUCGUACCAAUUUAGCAGCCAUGACCUCAGCCCCGCGGGGGUUCCAGUCUACUGAUCGCAACACGUGGUUUGUCUUGUUCCAGAAUGUGAGCGGCUUCUUCCUGCACCCAGUGGGGCUGGAGGUGCUGGUGGACCACAGCAGCCUGGACUUGUCCCAGUGGAGGGUGAGCAAAGUGUUCUAUAACGGCCAGUACUAUGGGGAUAUGGCCCAGCUGGAAAAUGAGUUCAAGCAAGGCCAUGUGACAGUGGACAAGGUUCAACAAGCCCCUCUAGAUGGAGGAUUUUCUUCCAUGAGGCCCAGAGCAGCCCCUGCGGCACCAUUCCCUUUGCAGUAUGAGCCCCGUGGUCCACGCUACCACAUUGAAAAUAAUGAAGUCAUUUACCAGGCCUGGAGCUUUGCUUUUGGGAUGAGCGUGAACACAGGGAUGCGACUGUUCAACAUCAGAUUUAAGGGGGAGAGGAUUGCCUAUGAAAUUAGUGUCCAGGAGGCCAUGUCUAUCUAUGGCUCCAACUGCCCUGGUGGGAUGACAAUCAGGUACAUGGAUGGGAGUUUUGGCAUAGGGAGAUUCAGUUUCCCAUUAGUCCAGGGUGUCGAUUGUCCUUAUUCAGCCACCUAUCUGGAUGUCCCCUACUUGGUUCAGUCACAGACGCCUAGAAUUAAUAAGAACUCUCUCUGUGUGUUUGAGCUGAACUCCAAGUCUCCUUUGAGGCGCCAUUACUCAAACUUGCAGUCCAUGUACUAUGGGGGCUUGACUAACUCUGCCCUGGUCAUUAGAUCCAUUGCCACUGUGGGCAACUAUGACUACAUCUGGGACUUCCUCUUCUACCAGAACGGAGCUAUUGAAGCCAAAGUCCAGGCCACAGGGUACAUGAGUUCUUCCUUUCUCUACGGUGAUGGUCUGGAGUAUGGCCACAAGGUUGGGGAACACACGCUGGGUACACUGCACACCCAUUCCAUGAACUACAAAGUGGACUUGGAUGUUGGAGGGACAAAAAAUUCUCUGGUAACCCAUGACAUGGCAUUUGAGACAGUGCAGGCUCCUUGGAGCCCAGAGCACCAUAUAGAGCGGCCACGGCUCAUCAAGAAAGUCCUGGACAAGGAGGACAAGGCUGCAUUCCGUCUGGACGCAAAGAUGCCCAGAUACAUCUAUUUUGCUGCCAACAGUGAAAAUAAAUGGGGCCAUGAGCAAGGUUACAGGUUCCAGAUUAUUAGCUUUCCUGGGGACCAUCUGCCAGAAACAAGUACAAUGGAGAGAGCCAUCAGCUGGGGGAGGUACAAACUGGCCGUCACUAAACGGAAAGAAAAUGAGCCAACCAGCAGUAGCAUCUACAACCAGAAUGACCCCUGGACACCCACCGUGGCCUUUGCUGACUUCAUAAAUAAUGAAACCAUCAUAAAUGAGGACCUGGUUGCAUGGAUAACAAUUGGUUUCCUUCACAUCCCACAUGCUGAGGAUGUGCCCAACACUGUGACAGUGGGGAAUGCAGUUGGCUUUCUUCUGAGACCCUACAACUAUUAUGAUGAAGAUCCCUCCAUAUAUUCACCUGACGGUGUCUUUUUUACAAGUGAGCAGGACUUCGGUUCAUGCGAAGUCAAUCCCAUAGCAUGCCUGUCCAAAACAGCCUCCUGUUUACCAAAUCUUCCUCCGUUCACCUACAGUGGCUUCCAAAAUAUGACAAGACUCUAGAGCAGCAGUUCCCAAUCUGUGGUACUCGUACCACCAGUGGUAUGCAGACAACCUGUCAGUGGUACGCGUUA